GAGGCGAGUGCACAGUGGCGGAGGCAGUCCUUCCCUUCGCAGCCAGAAGAAGAAGAAAUUGUGAAAUGUCUCGAAGGAAGUGAAUGCAAAAUUGCCGACGAGGAGGGGAGGGGAGGCAGUCUGAGUAGCGCCGUGGCAUCCGAGGAAGGAAUUUCUGCGUCUCGUCUCGUCUCGUCUGAGCUUCGCCGAUUAGAUCGAUCCGGGCUGGGGGCAGAUUGGGACGAGGAAGAUGUUGGUGAUUGGUUGGAAAUCGGACUCCUGCACCACCAUCUAACGUUUGGCCUCACCGGAAGAGACUGCACUCGAGGGAAGGAAAUAUCAAUUGAAUUGACGCGGUUGAUCUUCGUGAGUGCUGCGCAGUUCACCCAAGGCCAGAAGUGCAGCGUUUAUCGGCAUCCACUCGGAGUAGGGAUUGAUCGGCAGAGAAAAUGGUAGGAGAUAAUAAGUAUGAAAUUUCCCAAAGAGCGUAUAUAAAGAUCGUGUUACAUGCUCUGAAGCAUCAGUGUAACUCUGUCAAUGGAGUUCUCGUUGGCAAGGUCACUGGAGCCGGCAAUGAAGCGAGUGAAGAAGGCAAUUCGAAGAUCGAAAUCGUUGACGCCGUGCCUCUGUUUCACGCACAGCUUGGUGUGCUGCCAAUGCUGGAGCUUGCUCUUAGUCAGGUGGAAGAGCAUCUAAUCGCCGAUAAAGAGAGCUUAGUGAUUGCUGGGUACUAUCAUGCAAACGAACGGUUUGACGACUAUGAAUUAAGCCCACUGGCACGCAAAAUUGGUGACCACAUCGCUCGUUAUUGUCCCCAAGCUGGCGUACUAUUGCUUGACAACAGGCUACUCAGCUCUUUAGGCAAAGGAGGCAACAAGAAACCUGUCGUCCAGUUGUAUACGCGAGACUCAGUCCGAGGAUGGCGACUGGGGGUUGAUCUAUCGUUGAAAGAACCCACCGCUAACAGUAUACUGAGCGACUACAUCUCUGAAAAAAGAGAACAACUGCUCUUCGAUUUUGAUGACCACUUGUAUGAUAUCAGCAAAGAUUGGUUAAAUCCUGACCUCUAUAAUUAAGUUGUUCACUGUCGAGGCAGUGGAUUUUAUGUUUUGCUGUCACAUCAUAUCUCCGGGUCCUGCGCCAGAAAGCUGGGAACUCAUCAAUCAAUACUCCGUGGAGAAAGUGACCAAUAUCCGUAUGCUCCUCAGUUUCAUCAAGAGAAUGACGUGUUACUGAUUUAAAAUGUCUCUCACUUGAGAUAUUCUAUAGAGGACGGAGGAUGCCCGAGGUCUACGUUUUUACGCUGGUGCAAAAUGCUGAAACUAUCUGUAUGAAGUUUCAUUAUAUCUGUAAUUUAAGGAUGAAAUUAUCAUGCGCAAGAAGCAGCGCAAUCAAGAGAAACUUCGAGGAUCUUUUGCACUGGUGCAGAGCCAUCUAUCCGUCUUCCGUGGCCAUGUAGUAUACACUUUGGUGUGGCGGGUUAUCGCAAGUAUUUACGGAAAAUGAGGUCCAUAUAGCCACCUUGUCAUGACUACUUUUCAUCUUCUCAAGUGCUUGC